AUGUCUUUUAAGCCUGUCUCUGCAAAUGCAACCAAGCUUUGGGAGCAUAAAGGACUCAAGCAGGUGGCCGCUAAUUCAAAAGGUACCUUCUUUUUUCGUUUUGAUAGUAUGGAUUGUUGUAAGAAAAUUUUGGCUGGAGGUCAAUGGUACUUAGCAGGGAAGCCAGUGUCUCUUCGACUAUGGGAGCAAGAGGCUCCAAAAUCUUCAAAUUCACCAACCACCAUGUCAAUUUGGAGUAGCUUCUUCAAUGUACCUUUUGAAUAUUGGUCUGCCACAGGCUUAAGUUAUAUGAGCAGUGCUGUCGGAAAGCCCCUCUUUGUUGAUGAGAACACUAAGAACAGAAGUAGAGUUGAUUAUGUACGCAUGUGUGUUGAAAUUUCACCUGUUUCCCCACUACCAGCCUCAUUUCAAGUGAAUUUGGGGGAUAGGAUGGAAAAUGUGAGGGUACAAUACCCUUGGAUCCCACAUAAAUGUGCCAAAUGUCUUCUUUUUGGGUACUCCUCCGAGGAAUGUUGUGCAGGGCAUAUGGAAUCAGAGCCUCCACUGAAUUUUCCACCAGACUUAAACUCUUGGCAGCUUGUUACAAGAAGAGCUAUUAAAAUGUUACCAGUAACUCAGCCUCAAGUGAAUGUUGCCAACACAAACAAUGUCCCCAUUUCCAGUAACCAAACUGCACUGACACCAUUGCCUAACCCUAUCCGUCUUCUUGUUAAUGACCAUUCAUUAUCCACUGCAACCAAUAUGAAAGCCAUUAAUUUUGUCAUAGACCUCUCACCCUCUAAUCUCAAAACCAGCAGGAAAAAACUAGUUACCUCACCCACAACAGCAGUUGUUUCAAACCAGUUUGAAUUCCCCCAGAGGACAAUCUCAACAUUGAUAAUAAUUACUCAGUGGAUUUGGCAUCUUCUUCAGAGGGGGAAACCUUCUCCAGUAGCAAUGAUCCAACCUUUUCUCCUGCAGUGGAAAGGCUGCUGA